AGCGCUGAGCCAGGGUAGAGCUGGAACUGGAGUGAGUGAGAGAGAGAGAGAGAGAGCGAGCCGGACCGGGAUAGCAGCAUUAUCCUGAUCACAGGAACAGUCAGAGAGGGGAGGAAGGCACAGAAUGGUGAAGGUUGUGAAUGGUACAGAAAUGAACCGAUCACCAUCCCAAAGCAAGCAGGAGCAGGAAGCUCUCGAUAGUGAACCAACUGAAGUUCCCGACUCCUCAAAGGAUCAUCCCAAAACAGAAGGCGGAAUGAUCUGGAAAGUGACUGGUGGCCUCUACAACAUCACCAAAGGAGCUGUUGGUGCCACAGUGGGUGGUGCGGUUUGGCUUGGCGGCAAAGGGCUGGCGGUAACCAAGACAGCCGUCACUUCAGUGCCAGCGGUUGGUGUGGGACUAGUGAAGGGUGGCGUGUCAGCUGUGGCAGGAGGUGUCUCGACGGUGGGGUCCACUGUGGCUGGUAAAGUGCCUUUCACUUCCAAGAAGAAGGACAAAUCUGACUAAAGAGCCAAUGGAAGAGGACUUGAUAUGGACACACAUCACUUGGACUGUGCUAGACCUGUUGGGUAGGGGAGGGGUGCGGGCGGGGAGGGAUUGCUGCGUUCAUCCUUUUGGCUGGGAGCUUGUAGUCGGAUCUUUUAAAGUAUCAGCCUCUCACACUGGCUCUCGUUUGCAGUGUACAAGUUUAUCUGAGUGGAUGUACACAGAGGAGCAUCAAUCUGGGUCACCUGGGGAGCUGAUCCCUCCAUGGAACCAAAGUCAAUUGCAUAAGAGAAGCUUAAAUCUUUUCAAAACACCCAAGGGGGAUAGGGGCAGAGGGUGUUCCGAGCACUGCCGUUGCCUUGGGAGAUGUGCCCUGCCUCCCUCCCAACCAACACACUCCUCCCCCACCAAGCCCCAAGACGAAGUAUACUGGUGUUGACUGGAUUUGCAUGUUUGAAUGCAAGCUAGAUGCUGUAACAAUUAAAGUGCUCAGGCUUAAUCACACUCUGUUCUGGAUGAGAGUAUAGUGUGGGUUUCCUAAUGUUAAAGAGGUGCAGUGUGUGAGGCUGAAUACACCACAUGAAACUAUGGUAAAGUUUAAAGAACUACAUCCCCAGUGAGUUUUGACAGGGAAUUAAUUUUGUUCAAAAUGAAUUGUCAUUCUUUCAGUUUCUAGCUUCUUGUUUUGCCUUUCCUUACUUCCAGUUAACCAGAACUGCCCUCAGCUGUCAAUCAUUGGGACUGAGCUGUCAAUAUUUCAGUCUUAUCUCCAUAGUCAAAGCUGUAGGAAAAUGUUUUACUCUUGCUUUUGUUUUUGAUGAAUUUUCUAGGUGACCGCUGUUGGUGUUGGGGAAGGGGACACUCCAUUUCACACACUGAGUGUCACUCUCAACUACAGCAUGAUUGAAGGCAAAGCUCCCUCUGCUCCGUGCAAACAGUGGGCUGAACAGGAUUAACCCCCUCAUCCACCCAGCUGGCAAUGUUCUUGGCCCUUAUUCAAAGAUGUCUUAUUCAAAGAAUCGGACAAAAGGUGAGGCUGUCUCCCAGGGGUCAGCUGGUUUGUGCAACGUUCAGUCUGGUACUCAGCUGUUCUGAAAAGCAGCAGCCUGUCAAGUUAAAGUUGUUUGUAUGAAAACAUAUUCCAAGGUUGGGUUUUACACAGAGCUUAUUGAAGCUCGAGCAGGAAUUGCAAUAGACUGGAACAUUGGAUUGAGUUCUGACAUUACCAACUUCAGAAGCAGGAAAGGAAAUUUUAUAUUAAUAGCACAGGAACAAAAGUAGUUCAUUCAGCCCCUCAAGCCAUAUCAAAAAUAAGUAGGAAUUGCUGUUUGUUUAAAUGACCAGUCUGUCACUUUGAAGGCCAAAGUAAAUGGUAAUCCAAAAAAAACACCCCUCUGUCUGCAAUUGCCUCCAUAUUGCAUGUUUAUAUGUAAUAAUGUUGUGAGGGAAGGUAGGUUACCUAUAGGUGGCUGUGUAUGGUUCCUGACCUCCAAUGUGCUUGUGUUGUUGUCAACUGUGCUUGGGUUGUAUUCUGGAAAGCUUUAUCACAUGACCUCCUUCUUUCAUUGCCCAGCCCCCACCCUCCAGUUAUUGAUCACCCUGUGAGGCAAUUGGUCAAUAAUGGUUACUGCAAUACCCACAAUCCUCUGUGCUCCAGAAACUGUUCUAUCUAUCAUGGUUUUACAUAGAGCACUCAUAUACCAGGGCCCUGUUCUGAGCCUGUUGUUUAUUGUGAGUCCAACCAAUACUAAAGUGAAGAGAAAACCCCAAUGAUUUUUCUCUCAGAUGGCCUGGGAGAUUAAUCAUUAAUUACAGGAGACUCCAGGACAAUCCGAGAGUGUUGGUAACCCUGAUGUAUGUUAAAGCGAGUGAUCUGCAUUUGACAAUCUCACUAUUGGCCUGAUGCUCUGAUUUUCUUCCUCCCAUCUCUGAAGGUCAUGAAUGAUCUGUGUGUUAACCGUGAGUCUGUGACGUGUGUGCCUAGCUGGUGUUACUGUCCCUUAAGAUUGUGGAAUAUAUUUCUAACGGUGAACUAGUUUGUAAUCUAAGAUGAGCUACAACUGAAAAAAAUUAAAUUCUGUUUUUAUGGCGCGAGAUCUGGGGUUUUUGACACUGUUUAGCAUUUGCAAAAGGCAGUUCAGUUAUCUCUCUUUAUGCAAAAAUCUCAGUGGUUUUAAAGAUUAACCACCAUGCUCCUGGGACUGCAGCAAUUGAUAGCCUACCAGGUAUCAUCAUUCAAUCACCACAAACCUUUUACGGGAGCAUACCUGAUGUGUCGCAGCUUUGUAGGGGCCUGACUUCAAUGGAACUCCUUUACUCUACAGGCCUGACCAUAUUGGGCUUACCACCUAAUGCUGAGCCUUAAACAUAACCCAAUUAAGCUGAAAAGAACAUUUGGUUUACAUUUUAAAGAUUUCUGGAUACCCUGCCCCACAGCCAGCCUUGCCCCAACAACAGUUGGAUUUUGGUCAAGUUUCCAGUCAUGGACACAUUGGCUUGAUGGUGGUGAAGUAUGUAUUUCCCAUUCUCGCAAUACUUACAAGGCAGUACGAGCUGCCUGCUCUUUAUUGUGUUUGUGCUGAUGUGCGUUGGGAUAUGUGUAACCAAAAUGAAACUAGAAUUGGCAGAGGAAUGUCUGAUCUCUGUCUGCAGUUUACUGUCCUUGCUCUUCAGCUGAUGGACUGAGGCUCUAUUUUGAUAAUGGACAGGGUUGUAUGUCUACACAAAACUCUUUUUAAUCAGUAUUGUAUUUUACACAUUUCAUUGAAUAAACCAUUUUACAGA